AUCUACACGCCACCGCCACUGGACAUUAAAAUGGAAAUUGAAAUUGGUGAACAACCCCAGCCACCGGUGAAGUGCUCCAACUUCUUUUCCAACCACUGGAAGGGAUUGGUUGUGUUCCUGGUGCCGCUGCUAUGUCUGCCUGUUAUGCUGCUGAACGAGGGCGCCGAAUUUCGGUGCAUGUACCUCCUUUUGGUAAUGGCCAUAUUUUGGGUGACGGAAGCCUUGCCUCUCUAUGUGACGUCCAUGAUACCCAUCGUGGCCUUCCCUAUAAUGGGUAUAAUGAGCUCGGAUCAGACUUGCCGCUUGUACUUCAAGGAUACGCUGGUGAUGUUCAUGGGCGGCAUUAUGGUCGCCCUGGCUGUGGAGUACUGUAAUCUACACAAACGUCUUGCCUUGAGGGUAAUCCAGAUCGUGGGCUGCAGUCCCCGCAGAUUACACUUUGGCCUCAUCAUGGUCACAAUGUUUUUGAGCAUGUGGAUUUCGAACGCCGCCUGUACUGCCAUGAUGUGUCCCAUUAUUCAAGCCGUGCUGGAGGAGCUGCAGGCUCAGGGUGUCUGCAAGAUCAACCAUGAGCCUCAAUACCAAAUCGUUGGAGGCAACAAGAAAAACAACGAGGAUGAGCCACCAUACCCCACCAAGAUCACUCUGUGCUACUAUCUGGGCAUUGCCUACGCCUCCUCGCUGGGCGGCUGCGGAACCAUCAUCGGAACUGCCACCAAUCUUACCUUCAAGGGCAUCUACGAGUCGCGUUUCAAGAACUCCACCGAACAGAUGGACUUCCCCACCUUUAUGUUCUACUCGGUGCCAUCUAUGUUGGUCUACACCUUGCUGACAUUCGUGUUCCUGCAAUGGCACUUCAUGGGUCUGUGGCGUCCCAAGAGCAAGGAGGCACAGGAAGUCCAGAGGGGACGAGAGGGCGCCGAUGUCGCCAAAAAGGUUAUCGAUCAGCGCUACAAGGAUCUGGGUCCCAUGUCUAUUCACGAGAUCCAAGUGAUGAUUCUGUUCAUUUUCAUGGUUGUGAUGUACUUCACCCGCAAGCCCGGCAUCUUUUUAGGAUGGGCCGAUUUGCUGAAUUCCAAGGACAUUCGUAACUCUAUGCCCACUAUUUUCGUCGUCGUCAUGUGCUUCAUGCUGCCCGCCAAUUAUGCUUUCCUGCGCUACUGCACCAGACGCGGUGGUCCAGUGCCCACUGGUCCCACUCCCUCGCUGAUCACCUGGAAGUUCAUCCAGACCAAGGUGCCAUGGGGUCUGGUGUUCCUGUUGGGCGGUGGUUUCGCUUUGGCCGAAGGCAGCAAGCAGAGCGGCAUGGCCAAGCUGAUUGGCAAUGCUCUGAUUGGAUUGAAGGUGCUGCCCAACUCUGUACUCUUGCUGGUGGUCAUCCUGGUGGCUGUGUUCCUGACCGCCUUCAGCUCCAAUGUGGCGAUUGCCAACAUUAUUAUUCCCGUUCUGGCUGAGAUGUCCCUGGCCAUUGAGAUCCAUCCUCUGUACCUGAUCCUGCCCGCUGGUCUGGCCUGCAGUAUGGCCUUCCACCUGCCGGUUAGCACUCCGCCCAACGCGUUGGUUGCGGGCUAUGCCAACAUUAGGACGAAGGACAUGGCCAUUGCUGGAAUCGGUCCGACCAUCAUUACCAUCAUCACCCUGUUUGUUUUCUGCCAAACCUGGGGCCUGGUCGUCUAUCCGAACCUCAACUCGUUCCCCGAAUGGGCUCAGAUUUAUGCCGCAGCAGCACUGGGAAACAAGACGCACUAGAUAGUUAGUAAUUAGUGUAAAUAACUAACAUACCCGUCACAGCGAUAAAGUUGAGGAAAAUUUAGGGAAUUUUAAACGAAAAGUGCCUUUGCUGACAGCGAAAAAAGUGAAAAAUAUUGAACUAUGUAUACUUGCAUUUCAGAGUUGCGAAAAGUUUUGAUACAAAAGCAUAACCUAUUGUUUAGAAAAAUGUGUUGAAAAAAACGUAUCGCAAUAUACUGUUAAUCGGGAAUUGAACUCCUGGUCUACGCACUCAGCUAAAUAUUUAAAUACAAAUUAAUGUUACUUAAUUGUUGCAUUUAGCAUAAAAAUGAAAAAGAUUUGGAAAAGUUGGAACAUUUUGUUCAAUGGCAGCUCUGGCUUGCUAAUACUUUAAAUAACUAGACUGAGAGAACUUACAUAUUCAUACAUGUUUUUCAACUUGUAAAAAAUUUAAAUGAACAACUCACUCAAUACUUCAUUGCGAAACAAAAUGAGCACACAAAUAGCGGUAGCCUAAGCUUAAAUGAUACUGUGUACAUUUUCAGAUGAUUUAUGUUUUAUAUAGUUUGUAAAAAAUAUUAAAUAAUAAAAAGCUCAAACGACAAUAAUCCUA